GGCAUUGCAGACGUUUAGAAUGGCGCAAAGUCAGCUUUUCUCCCCAGAUGCCUUAGGGAGAAGAACACCGUCUUCUGAUAGACUGCAGGUUUGUGUUUCGGAAAACGAGCAAAUUUCCGACGAUGCAGAAAGUGAUUAUGAGCAAACGCCAAUUCAGGGCAAUAAACACAAAAACACGCCAAUAAGGGGCACAAGAGAUACGCCAAUACAGGGCACAAGAAAUACGCCAAUACGGGGCACUAAUAAUGCUGGUACGCCGAUUCAGGGCACUAAUGAAGAACCUCACUCUGAUGAGGGUUCGGGAAGAGAAUGGAGAAACGAACGAGUUAAUGCAUCCAAAAGUGAAAGUAGAAAGAGAAAGCGUGAGAAGGAGAGCGAUAGCGAUUCAGAAGAAUCAAGUUCAGAUGACAGCAGUAGUUCAAAUGAUUCAGAGUCAGAGUCAGAUUCAGAUAUAUUCAAUCCUUCACAGGUUUUGAAGAUGAAGGGAGAAAUGGUGCAGGUCGACCCCAGCAGUUUUUUCGGACAGGGCCCUCAAACAACAGAUACCAGUUUGGGGGCCACAAUUACAGAGGACAACAGAGCCAGAGAGGCAGAGGUUCAGCAAACUUUCCUCUUUCCAGAAAGACAGAAAAUCAGUAGAAAUGAAGACAACAAAACAGCGAUGACUUACAUCAACAAAAUGGGUGGAACAGUAUCCAAGGUGUGCAAUCAGUUAGCAUUAGAUCUCUGGGAAUGGUGUCUGAAAAAGAGUAUCUCAAUGAGAGCAGAAUUCAUUCCGGGAAAGGAAAAUGUCAUAGCAGACUGGGAGUCCAGACAUCACAAGGACUCAAGCAGUUGGGGAGUGAAGAGACCCUGUGAGACAGAGAGUUGCACAGAAAUGUCCUGGAAAAAAUGUUAUACCAGUAUUAAAAUUAUUAAAGGAUUGAAAUAAGUAA